AUGGUUUCGUUGUUGGGAGGAGGACUGUUUGGAAAUCCGCUGAGCGGUGUAACAAACGCUCUGGGCGACAAGGAUGAGAAGGACGACAAGAACGCCGAGGAGGAGGAUCCAGAAAUCGCUGAAGCCAAACGGGAAGCGGAAGAGAAGAGGAAUGAAAAGUACAGGAAGAUGGAAGAAGAGAGAGAGGCAAUGAGGCAAACUAUCAGAGAUAAGUACCACAUACAAAAGAAGGAGAUUCCAAAAGAGGAUCCUGGAUUGGAAGGGAGGUUGGGACGCAAGAAGAAAACUCCCGAGGAACUCGCCAUGGAAUCCGAUCCUAACUACGAUCCGUCUGGGAAUAAUUCCGUCUUUCCGAAGAACCUUGACGAGUUGACGUCACGUGUGAAGGAGCUGCCCAAUUCCGUCAUCACUUCCGUUUCCGGUGUGGCCGACAAGUGUUCACUUCAAUGA